AUGGUCGCCUCAUCUUCGGUCCGUGGCGCUCCUGGCUCGUCUCGUCAGCUCGCCACGCCCGCAUCAGCAGCUCUCACACUCGGCACUGGUCCGUUCGAGGGACUCCCGUCCGGCUUCGAGAUUCGCGAGACUUUGAAUGGCUCCAAGGCCGCUGCUCCGUACGCCGUCUUCACCGAGGAUCUUGAGAUCUCCGCUCAAGAUGACAUGCGCUACCGCCUCGUCCGACUCGCCAAUGGUCUCGAAGCUCUCGUCAUUCAAGAUCCCAAGACGGACAAGUCAAGUGCCGCCAUGGACAUUCGCGUCGGACACCUCAGCGACCCCGAAGAACUUCAGGGUCUCGCUCACUUUUGCGAGCACCUCCUCUUCAUGGGCACUAAGAAGUACCCGCGCGAGAAUGAAUACUCCGAAUACCUCUCCAACCACUCGGGAGGCUCCAAUGCCUACACCGGCAUGGACAACACCAACUACUUCUUUGACGUCUCUCCCGACCACUUUGAGGGCGCACUAGACCGCUUCGCUCAGUUCUUCCUCGAACCUCUCUUCGAUCCCUCUUGCUCUGAGCGAGAGAUCAAGGCGGUCGACUCGGAACACAAGAAGAACCUGCAGAGCGACAUGUGGCGUGGCUUCCAGCUCGACAAGACGCUCUCCGACCCUUCGCACCCUUACUCGCAGUUCGGCACCGGCAGCUAUCAGACCCUCUGGGAGGACCCCAAGAGCAAGGGCAUGGAUGUUCGCGACGAGCUGCUCAAAUUCCACGACCAGUACUAUUCGGCGAACGUCAUGAAGCUCGUCGUGCUCGGCCGAGAGGACCUUGACCAGUUGACCAGCUGGGUCAUCGAAAAGUUCUCGGGCGUCCGCAACACGGGCCGCGAGCCUCCUCUCUUCGACCGAAGCCCGCUAACUCAGGAACAGCUGCAGAAACAGAUCUUCGCCAAGUCGGUUCGCGAUGUGCGCAAACUCAAGAUCGCCUUUCCUAUCCCCGAUCAGGGACCUCACUUCCGAUCGAAGCCUGGUCACUUCUUGUCCCACUUCAUCGGCCACGAGGGCGAAGGCUCAAUCCUCUCGCAUCUCAAAAAGAAAGGGUGGUGCGACCGUCUUUCAGCAGGUGCCAGUGGCGACGCCAACGGAUUCGAGUUCUUCAAGAUCUCGAUCGAUCUCACGCAGGAGGGUCUGCAAAACCACGAAAAGGUGAUCGAGUCUGUCUUCAAGUACAUCCAUCUGCUUCGCAACAGCAACCUGGAGCAGUGGAACCACGACGAGGUGGCUCAACUCAGCGAGCUCAUGUUCCGCUUCAAGGAGAAGAUCGACCCUGCCGACUACGCUUCUAGCACCGCGACACAGAUGCAGAUGCCCUACCCGCGCGAAUGGAUUCUGUCCGGUGGCUGGCUCACGCGUGACUUCGAUCGCGACCUCAUCAAGCAGACACUCGAGAAUCUCACACCGCAGAAUUGCCGCGUCGUCGUGAUGGCCAAGACACUGCCGGACGGUAGCACCUCUUGGGAGCGCAAGGAAAAGUGGUACGGAACCGAGUACUCGAUCAAGCCUUUGCCGUCGCAGCUGCUGUCUCAGGCACCCACCGAGUUUGAAGACCUUCAUCUGCCUCAGCGUAACGCGUUCAUCCCUGCCAACUUUGACUUUAAGGGAUCUAUCGCCGACGCGAAGGGCAAGAAGCCAACUCCUCGACCUCAGCUCGUCCUCGACAAUGAUAGCAUGCGCGUCUGGCACAAGCUCGACGAUCGCUUUGGUAUGCCCAAGGCCAACGUCUUUUUUGUACUCCGCAACCCUCUCAUCAACGCCACUCCAUCGACGUCGAUCAAGACGCGCAUGCUCACCGAGCUCAUCCUGGACUCGCUCGUCGAGUACUCGUACGACGCCUCGCUUGCCGGUUUGAGCUACAUGCUCGACUCGCAGGAUCAGUCGCUCGCUCUUUCGCUGGGCGGCUAUAACGACAAGAUUCCGGUCUUGGCACGCAGCAUUGUCGAGAAGCUCGCCACCUUCCAGGUCGACCCCCGCCGCUUCGAGCUGGUCAAGGACCGCGUCAUGCGAUCGUACCAGAACUUCGCCAUUGAAGAGCCUUACCGCCACGCCACCUACUACACGACGUACCUUUUGCAGGAGAAGAUGUGGACGCCUCCCGAGAAGCUGCGCGAGCUCGAACAGCUCACUGUUGCUGAGGUACAGGCAUUCCUGCCCGAUCUCCUGCAGCGCAUGCACCUCGAGGUCUUGGCGCACGGCAACUUGGCCAAGGGAGAAGCUAUCGAGCUGUCCAACAUGGUCUGGAGCACGCUCAAGUCCCGUCCCGUCAACAAGACCGAGUUGCUGUCGAGCCGAUCGUUGCUACUGCCAGAGAAGUGCAACAAGAUCUGGAAUCUGCCCGUCAACAACGCCGCCAACGUUAACAACGCCAUCGAAUACUACGUGCAGGUGGGCGAGCCCACCGACAUCUCGCUGCGUGCGCCACUCUCGCUGUUCGCGCAGAUCGCCAACGAGCCGGUGUUCGACCAGCUGCGAACUAAGGAGCAGCUGGGCUACCUCGUAUUCAGUGGCAUCCGUCGCAGCAUCGGGAGCCUCGGCUGGCGAGUGAUUGUCCAGAGUGAGCGUGAUGCUCAGUACCUCGAAGGCCGCGUCGACGCCUUCCUCGAGCAGUUCAAGGGCACGUUGGAGAAGAUGACGGAGCAAGAGUUCGAGGGCCACAAGCGCAGCAUUAUCCACAAGAAGCUCGAAAACGUCAAGAACCUCGUGGAGGAGUCGCAGCGAUUCUGGUCGCCUGUGUUCGGUGGCAACUACGAUUUCCUCGCACGAUACGCCGACGUCGCGGCGAUCACCAAGACGACCAAAGCGGAGGUGGUGGACCUCUUCAUGAAGUUCAUCCAUCCGAGCAGUGCGACGAGGAGCAAGCUUUCGGUGCACCUCAACUCGACUGCUUCGCCCGCCCUUCGCUUCUCUGCCAAAGCGGUUGAUGCGCUCGAGCAAGCCGUUAACGCGCAGGGCCUGACUGUGCCCAAAGAGGCCUUCGACACGCUCCGUACACAGCAGCCGGCUAUCGAAAGCGUCAAGGACCUGGCUUCGCAGGUGAUGGCUCAAAAUCCCACGCCGCUGCCCGCAGAAGCCGUCAAGCAGAUGCUCCAGCUCGUCGACAGCCUCGCGUCGCAGUUCCCCUUCACGGACGAUUCCGCUGCUGCUGCUCCUGCGCCCCAAGCGGUGGUGGAGAGCGCAAUUAAGCCUCAAGAGGUCACCGACGCAACGGCGUUCAAGGCGCAGCUCAACCCCUCCAAGGCCGCAAUGCCGGUCAAGUCGUUCGAUGAGCUCGCCAAGGAUCCCGCCGAGGAGGGGGAGGAGGUGGCCAAGGUGGUUGAGAGCGUGCUGAGGAAGACGGGUGUAGAGGAGGGUGAGCCCAAGGCCAACCUUUGA